AUGGCUUCCACCGUCUUCGCCAAGGAGGCUACUCCCGCCGCCGUCGAGUCUAUCCAGACCAACUUCCCCGGCUCCGUGGAGGAGACUACUUACGUCGCGUCCGUCGCCGACAAGCUCAAGGAGCACGGGUUCACCAAGGACAACAGCAUCGCGCUCGUAAGCACGUGCCGUGACGAGGCGUCGCGUCUGCUCGACGCCACCAUUGACAAGCACUUCGGCCUCACCUUCGCGCUCAACGGCCUAGCGGGAGUGCCGCCCGGUGGCGCGCUUGCAAUCAAGGCCGGCGCGUCUCACAGCCCGCAGGACGAGAGCGGCAAGGAGCGAUAUGUCUUCUUCGGUCUGACCCACAUCGGUGUUGACGAGACUGGCGCCAUCGGUAAGAUGCGCCGCGAAGGCCGCUCCGCGGCUUCCGGCGCGUGCGGCGCGCUUCUCGCGCUGACCGCGCAGUUCAGCGCGAGCAAGGACCUCCCGGAGCCGUCUGAGGACGAUCUCGAGGUGCACAACCUGACGAAGAAGCUCCUCGCGGUGAACCCCGAGCCGAACAUCGUGGCGGUUACCAAGGCGGCUGUCGAUGUUAUCAACAGCACGCUGGAGCAUCUGAUCAGCGUGGCCGUUGACAGCACGAAGGCGGAUUACGCCGUGAUCACCGGCGUGCAGAUCCACUCCGGCAACAACCCCGUGGGCACGGAAUUCAAGCUGGAGAACACCGUCGAGUACAUCACCCCGUCGCUCGCCUACGUGGUUGUUGACGGAGUCAAGAAGGAGCUGUCCCUGUAA